GAUAAUUAUCAUAUUUGGCUGAACGUGAAGUAAGUGGAGUUCCAAGCUACUAGAUUGGGAAGCAACGGCGGUGUGGGGCUGCAGAAUCGCGGAUGGCCUCCGAUGUAAACAAUAACAUCCUGGACUCCCGCAACAAUCAUCGCCCAGCAAUUAACUCUCGACAACACUUCGACGCGUGCGACAAAUAAUCUCUUGGGAAUUACCAUUCACGAAGCAUCAUUAAAUAGCGUCUCGGCCCAGUUAGCGCAUACUUAUCGCGCGGUGUUACUUGAAUCGUUCGGCUCGCGGCGUGUCCCACAUCGAAUCGCCAAACAGCGAGAACAGCAAAACAGCUCCAACACAGACACCUUUUACAAACAGUGCACUGUCACUUCUGAAAACAAUGGCGGCGGACGUACCGGAUCAGUAUUAUACGGAAGUUGCACGGCUGGAGUCGUUUCACACAGCGCAGCCAUUACCGAAACGACGAGGGUCCAAUGCGACAGGACGCGCCCCAAAGUCCAUGAAAUGGCCGCACUCGUGGCUCGGCCCAGAACAGCUCGCGGCAGCAGGAUUCUUCUUCCUCCCAUCCCACGAGAACCCCGACAAUGUAAAGUGCUUCCUUUGCCGAGAAUCGAUAUGCGGGUGGGAGAAGGGCGACAACCCGCUCGAGGAGCAUUUGAAACUGUCGCCCGGCUGCGGAUGGGCGGUCACGUCGUGUAUUGAGGCGCGGUUGGGUGAUAUGCAUCUGGAGAACCCGAUGAGUACGCGGAUGGUGGAGGCUAGGAAAGCGACGUUUGGGGAUCGCUGGCCGCAUGAGGGGAAGAAGGGGUGGAAAUGCAAGACUAAACAGCUAGUGGAAGCUGGGUGGAUACACAAGCCGACGCCGGAAGGCGAUGAUUAUGCGGAAUGUGUCUACUGUACACUUGCACUAGAUGGCUGGGAGCCAGCCGAUAAACCAUUUCGCGAACAUCAUGCUCGAUCCCAGGAUUGCGCCUUCUUCACACUUUGCAACCAACCGGAAAGCCCGAUUGCGAAGAAAGCUGCGAAGGGCAGGAAACCCCGCGCCUCCAAGACUUCGAGACUAUCAACACAAUCCGCCUUUACGGAAGCACCGUCUAUAGUUGAUAUAGUUGACAUGGAGGUCGAUGAAGGCGAUAGUGUGAUGACAACUGCUACAACUGCUUCUAAAUCCACCCGAAAGGCGCCCAAGGGGAAGAAAGCCCCUGUUAAGGGCAGAAAGAAGAAGGAAGAGCCAAUUGAGGUCAGCGAGUUGCCAGAGCCGGAAGACGAAGUCGACGUGUUGGCGGUAGAACAACCAAAGCCCAAGCGAGGGAAGAAGAGGGCCAGUGAAGCGAUGGAGGAUACCGCGAGCGUGAUAGAGGCUGAAGCUCCGCCGCCCAAACGAAGGACACGAGGAAGCAUUGCCGUCCAAGAUAGCGUAAUGGGCGAUGUGUCGAUGGAGGAGGCUACUAUAACUGAACUGCCAGCUAAGAAGGCCGCCCCUAAAAGGAAGGGACGUCAAUCGAAGACAUCGCGACAAGUCUCGACAGCUUCACAGGCAUCCCUCCGCGCACAUGUGCCGGAUGACGAUGAAAUCGAUAAAAUGCUCCAAGACGAUCUGAAGAGGCCGCUUAGUGAUGAAGAGGAUGCUGUGGAAACGAAACCAGUUGUUCACGAGGAGCCUAAGGCUUCUGUGGCACCGACUCGACGAGCAACACGCACCAGCAAGAUCGCGAAGACAGAUCACGACAUCUUUUCGGCGGCAGAUGCGGAGAUAGAUGAGGCAGCCCUUGAAGCGGAGCUGGAGGCAAUGGAAAUUGAGGAAUCGAAACCUCUCCCCAAGGCAAGAGGUGCAAAGGCUAACCAGCCACGAAAGGUAUCUGCAAAGCAAACAGCCGCAGCAAAGCGUGCUGCACAGGCUGCGGCAGAAGCGGCCGAAGCAGCUGCAGUCGCUGAACUUGAGGCUGCUGAAGCGGAACUUGCUCACGCCCAAGCUGAAGAAGCUGCUGCUGCUGAGCUUGAGGCUGCUGAAGCGGACCUUGCUCGAGCUCAAGCUGAAGAAGCCGCUGCCGCUGAGCGUGAGGCAGCUGAAGCCGAAGCCGAAGAAGCCGCCGCCGCUGAACGUGAAGCUGCUGAAGCUGAAGCCAAGGCCGAAGCUGAGGCUCGCCGGAUCAAAGCUGAACAGGCGGAGUUGGAGCAGCAGCUGAAACCCGCGCCAAAAGCUCGAGCUGGCCGCACAUCAAAGGCCAAGGCCGCGAAGCCAGCUCCAACGAGGGCAACAAGAGGCUCGACCAUGUCCAUCGAGUCGAUGGUAUCGGCCUUGUCUCACCAAGACGGCAGCAUAGCGACUGCCCACGACGACUCUGGCAACGAGACCGACGCCAGCCAAGCCACCGUCGUGCGAGGAGGCAAGAAGCGCGGAUCCACAAUGACCAAGAAGGCGAAGGGUAGCAAGAAAGCACCCAUCCGCAACAUCGAGGAUAUCAUCCAGCCCUCCAUCGAGGAGCCACAACCACAAGAAGAUGAACCCGCGCCCCCGCCACAGCGCCAUCGCGCAGCCGUCUCUGAACGCGUAGCCAACAUCGAAGACCGCGUCAAAUCGCCGCCGCCACAAGUUGUAGCGCCCAAGCCGGCGAAAUCCCGCGCUGCAGCAACGAAGGCGAAGGGGAAGGCGCCGGCUCCUGCACCCGCUCCUGCAUCCCCCUCGCCUCUUCCAGAAGCGGAACCGGUAGAGGAGCCAACGCCACAACCUGCGGCUCGUGCGCGGGCUGCGAGUAUCACGCCCUCGCCAUCACCGCAGAGCUCGGAUGCGGAGAAUCGCCCGCCGAGCCCGCGGCCGAAUGCGUCGGCUGAACAAGUAUCUCCAGUCCGUAUCGCCCUCGCAGCAACCCCCGGGACGCCAUCGAGGCGGAACGUAGUUGCCGGAUUGAAGAGCGUUGAGCCAUGGGUGGGUGUUGAUCUAGAUGAUGUCUUUGGGUGUCUGAGGAGCGCAGAGAGGGAGAAGGAGAAUUUCGUGGUUGGAGGGGCGAAGGGCGGGCUGGGGAGGGGAGAGCUGACGGCGGAGGAGAGGGGGAUGACUGUUGAGGAGUGGGUGGGGUGGAAUGCGAGGGUUGCGGAGGAGAGGCUGAGGAGGGAGUGUGAGAGGAUGGUUGGGUGCUUUGAGAGGGAGGGGGGGAGGGCGAUGAGGGCGUUGGAAGGGGUGGAGGUUGUGGAGUAG